AUGCAGGCUUUACGCCGCUGGUCCAGAUUGCGUGAGCGGCCCGCGUAUGUCGGUUUUCGUACUGCAACUUUCGCGACAGUACAAUCCUCACACACCCAGACAAAUCGCGAAGUGAUUACCCGACUGCUUCGUCUCGUUGAUUCGGAACACCAGAUCCGAGAGUACCUCGACGAAAUUCAAUCAACAGCAGGCCCUCCACUGGCUGUAAUUGCAAUCGAUCCGAAUGCACUCCUGCCACCAAGUCGUUUUUCCAGCACUGGUCUUCAGCUCGAGCGACUCAUCGAUUCUCUGGUUUUCUUACGCCGUGUCGGACUAUUUCCUGUCGUCGUACAUGGAGAAUUGAUUGUCAGGGCGCCUGACACGCCAGAGCUGGAAUAUGACAGACAAUCAGAACCCUCAAGGCUCAUACGUCGCAUUCGCACGACCAACCUCCAGAUCAGCACACUCCUCGAGCAACGCGAUGUUGAGACUCGCCCUCUUCCGUGUAGUGUCUUCGCUGCAGUCGCAGAACCUGAUUCGAGAGAGCGUAACUGUCAGAUGUCUGAUCCGUCCAUGGCAAUUGCCGACCUUGAAAUAAAGAGCAUUAGAUCAGCCAUCCGUGCUGAUUGCGUGCCGAUCAUAGCCACGCUUGGCAUUUCUUUCGCGGACUCUCGACUGCACGCACUGAAUCUGAUGGAUACCGCGAUCAGCUUAACACGUGAGCUUCAGCCAUCGCGCAGUAUUCUUGUGCACCCGGAUAGCCCACCUGUGACAAGCACUGGUAGGCUCGCGGCAUCGAGCGUCCUUACGAAAGAGGUUUCCACCGGCUCGAACAUCGUGAUCAAAACCGCUGCAGAGCUGGGUCAAGCCGUAUUCAACACUGCGUCAUCACACAGAUCAAGACAAGGGUCGCACUCUGUAGAGUCUGUAUCCUCCUUCAAGGAUUUUCCGUCAGAGGACGCCCUUCGAAGGGCGCUCGAGCGCCAUCCCGACCCUACAGUGGGCAACAACCUGGACCAUUUCUUGUCCCGACUCGAAAGGGAAGACUUCACAGCCUAUUAUGAUUACGACUUCACGGCGUCCUUUCCUGAGGAGACAAUUCGAAAUCUGGCCUUUGUGUUUCCGCAGAAUGCCUUUCCUUGGCAGACACCCAGUCUCAUCCUACCGGACUCCAAUUCCAAUGAACUCCAUGGCAAGCGGAGCCACCAUAGUGGGAUUGAGGUCACUCCAGAACUCGCCGUGUUCGCAGUGUCUCGGGCUGACUGGCGUCAGGGCGUAGCCGACAAAUUCUGGCAACGAAUUCGAGCAGACUACGGCGCACUUUGGGGCUCCCUGGAAGAGACAGAUCCCAGUCUUUCUUGGUGGCGUGCUCGAUCAACUGGCUCUUUCAGGCGACGGCCAGAUGAUAAGGUAUUCCUGUGGCAUGGGAAGAUCGCAUGA